AAGAAGAGAAGCAAAGCAAAGGAAUUGUGGAACAAUUAAGCCGAUAGCUAUGCCGGAAACACGAAGAGCCGACAGGGAAGAUGAACUCGCCGGCGCGAAAGAAGCGAGGAACUUAUCGGAGUGGUUCUCGAAGCUCGUAUCUCUGCAAGCGGAGACAGUCUCGGCCUGCUUAUCCGCGCUCUCAUCGCCGCUUUUCUCGCGCCGUCGCCUCUUCGACAGGACGGCGGCGAACGAUACGUCGGAGAUGGGAGGUGGAAGCGGCGGUUUGGUGAGGAAAAUCGGGGUGGGGAUACUAGCGGCGGCGUAUGUUGGGAUGAUUCUAACGAUUCUGUUGGUUGUGGCGGCGGUUAUGGGCGUGGCGGUGGUGAGGAUCUGGGUGGAGGAGCCGGUGUUGUUGAGGGAGAGGUUGAAUUUUGACUACACAGAUGCUCACCCUAAGGCCGUCUUCUCUUUUGUUCACCGCGAAUUUAACACUAAAUUUACUGUUGGUAAGAGUAAGAAAAUGGGUGUUCCUGUUGGGCAGACAUUCUAUGUUUCUUUGCUUCUUGUAAUGCCGGAAUCCGAUUAUAACAGAGAGCUUGGGAUCUUCCAGGUGGCUGCAGAGCUCAUAUCAAACAAUGGAGGCAUAGUGACAAGAUCAAGCCAUCCAUGUAUGUUACAGUUUAGAAGCCAGCCAAUCCGACUUAUGCGAGAACUGAUCUGGGGCAUACCCCUGCUACUAGGAAUAGCAUCUGAAACUCAGAGGAUAGUCAUUCCAAUGAUAAGGCACAAGGAAGGUUAUCCAAGAACAGAGGCAAUCCGGGUGAUCUUGAUGCCACGGGCUAGCACGCUGGCGCUGCCACAGGUAUACGAGGCCGAGAUCAUUCUCAAGUCUCAUCUCCCUUGGAUGAAAGAGCUGUUGUACAGAUGGAAAUGGACAUUCUACGUGUGGGUGUCGAUGUACAUUUACAUGGCGCUCCUCGUAGUUUCUCUAUGUUGCUUCAGAUCACUUAUGGUCCCUGUCCUGACAACAACUGUUAGGGGGUACGACGAAGAACAGUUAAUGUUGGAACCCUCGGAAGACAGGGUUGGAGAGGAAAGAAAUGUCCCCGAGUCAUUGAAAAGGCGCAGGCUGAGCAGCAGAAGGAAGGCAAUGCUUCGGCAGAAGGUUGUGGCAGAGCCAGCUGAGACUGUCGAUUCUUCUGCUUCGAGCUAUACAAUAACCAGAGACGACACAGCUCCACUUCAGGAAGACACCGAGGACUCAGAAUCUGUUUGCUUCAGAAGCGGAGGCGAGGAAUAACAGCCAGCCCUGAAUAUGUUUCAUCUUUACAUAUAUCACUUGUACCUUGCAGUUUCAGUGUCUCUUGUUAUCUCUUCCUCUAAACAAUAAUAAGCUGAAGUUUCCAUGGAAGAACAGUGAUUAUCUGCAAUUACACUGCACCAGCUUAACAUGA